CUGCCUUUCGUCCGACCCACCGCCGCGGCACCGCCGACCGGACGAACCCUUUCCUCGACGCCGCCCUAGGAAUAGGAUCUGCGCCGCCGUCGCCCAACGAGCCGCCCGUCGUCGAGUCCUCCUCGACGCUGGUCGAGGAUCCAGUCCACCUGGAGCUGCACCAAGGACGCACCCCCCGGACAUAGAAGUGUAAACUGUGCGGCAAUUGUUUACACAUGUCCAUCUUUCGCUUCAUUCUCCCGAGAAUAGAAAGAAGUAGAGGCUGGAGAUGCUUUGCUACUGGAAUCCUUUCUGAUUCUAUAGCGGAGCUCAAUAGGGAAAUGGAAUCGAUAUUUGGCGAAUCUCCUUCAGCCAGCCCUUUGGGCUCAAAUCCUCCGCAGCAAGUAGUCCAUCCCACUCCUGCAGCCCGGGAGACACAACCGGGUCUUACCCAUGUUGAUUGCAGUGGCCAGGCAAAGAUGGUUGAUGUCUCACCCAAACAUGACAGUGAGAGAGUAGCUAUAGCCAGUUGCAGGGUCUUGCUAGGCCAGAAGGCAUUUAACUUGGUGGCGUCAAACCAGAUUGCCAAAGGCGAUGUACUUACUGUUGCAAAGAUAGCUGGAAUAACUGGUGCGAAGCAAACUAGUAACCUCAUACCCCUGUGCCACAACAUUAAUCUCUCCCAUGUUCGUGUUGAUCUCACUCUCAAUGAAGAGGACUCUAGUGUUGUCAUAGAAGGGGAAGCCACCACUUGCGGGAAGACAGGGGUUGAAAUGGAAGCAAUGGCUGCAGUGACCAUUGCCGGACUGACGGUUUAUGACAUGUGCAAAGCAGCUUCAAAGGACAUAUGUAUAACAGAUAUCUGUCUCCAGCACAAAUCGGGGGGAAAGAGUGGAAACUGGUCCAGGAAUUAGAAGCUUCAGUUGCUUUUCUGAGGAUAUGAAUGCAGGCCUGAAUUCUGACACCAGAAGGUUUUGAUUUGCUUUAAAUUUGUGCACACUAGAUGUUAAAUCUUUGAGCCAUCAGAGAAGGUUAUUUUGAAUUCCCUGCCUGUUAAUGCACUGCCCAACUGGUUAUGUUACCCAUGGUUUGUUGUGCAUUCUCCAUUGCUGCUCAUUGUACACAGACUGGUAUGCACAUGUCAACAUAAGGUGGAGUAAGUGAAAGUUGAGAAUAAAUAUGUUGAUAUUUUUGUGUCCUUGGUUGGAAGAGUGCAUAAAGGCCAGUUUUAUUAUACGAACGCUCUCUCUGCAAAUUUAGUAUCUGAGUCCUUUAUCAUUUUAGGUUCCGACUUGUGUAAUUGUUAGUUGGUGUGAUGAUCUCAAUAAUAUUGAUCAUGCCGCAUGUGUUCUUUUUUAUUUGAUUACAAGGUGGAAGAAUGCAUCUCCUGGAUAACCAUGGUGACAAGAAGUGAAGUAGUGAACCAUAGAGUGAUUGGCUGCACUUCAUCUUGUACAGUGAACCAUAGAGUGAUUGGCUGCACUUCAUCUUGUACUCCGAUCGACUUAGUGUGUAUAUAAAAUACCUGACGCCAGACGGUACAGAAGAAGCCACGUCUGUUGCAGUUAUCAUAACCUGAUUAUAUAGAAGUUAUUACCUCAA